AAUCGAAUGAAUGCUGUUUAUAUGUAUAUCAUCAAGAUAUUAACACGUGUCCGCAGUUUUGUCACAGACUGUCAGGACUUAAAUAACGAUGAAGGCCAUCCUACGGAAGACGAGCAUAAACGAUUACAAUAGAUUUCAUUGGAGCAUUUUACCCAGCUACGAUGAUUACCCUGUCGAAGAAGGGAAUAAUGAAAAGAAAAUGCAAAGUGGCAGUAACUUGAAUCAAUUCAGCGACGAUGACUUUUUCAGCAGUGGACCGUGUCCGUCGUGCAGAUUGGCUAUCAAUAAGGAAACCGGUAGACUCAAAUGGUGUACUGGCGGAAGCGAAGCGCGACGUUUUCGUGUCAAACUGAUGCUCCUUAUACCUGCCGUGUUGCUACCAAUCACCAUAGUGUUUAUCGCUCUGUCGCGAUUUCAAGCUACAACCAAAACCUUCGACUCACACGCGGUUUCUAUUUACGAGCAACAGGAACAGGAUAUAAAAAAGAUCGAAGAUGACGUCUUUUGGUCUACCAGUCGCAACGACGUAGAACAUACAACAGAAGAAACCGAAGAAGAGGAUCGAUUUUUGCUUCCCGAUAUGAAAACGAGUUACGUGCCUGUAGAUACGCAUCCUCCAUUUCAAUCGCAAUCGCCCCAUCGACGAAAAAGAGACAUCGACGGGGAGAAUUACACGAGGGAUGGUUUCAAAUUGGACAAUCGGGCGAUGUCUUCAUCUCACGCACACGCUCGUUUUGCUAACGGCAAAUUGGCAGAAUCCCUUUUAAGGGAAGAAUCAGAUAGGAAAAGUGGUAUGGCGGAGAGCUCCUUUUCGGCUUCAGACAACGUGAGGCUGUAUAGCCAAAUCGACAAAAUCAAGGUGAUGAAUGGUGACACGAUCAAAAACAAGUCGCAGGACAUUAAAGAAAAUAAUUUCUUAGGUGAUUAUUAUCUAGAGAAACAGGUUGAUGAUACUUAUGAAAAUAGUGGAAUUAAGUGUAUCGAAAAACGAUCGAAGGAGGAAUUAGCAAGAAUCCAAGAGGAAGACUCAUUCUCCAUUUUCAUCAAUAAAACGUGGUUGUCGAUGGCCGAUGGACACAUUGCGAUCAAAAAUGAUGAAAUGCCUGAUCUUCGUACAUUCUGGAAAGGCGAAGGAAAUAAAAAAAGUAUCAGAGAAGCCCAAGCUCGAAUAAUGUUGAAAUAUAUGGAUAAGAGCGUGGAUCCGUGUCAGGAUUUCUAUCAAUAUGCUUGUGGUAAUUGGGCGAAACGAAAUCCUAUUCCGAAAGACAAAGCCGGCUACGAUACUUUCGAGAUGGUCAGAGAGUCAUUGGAUUCUGUGCUGAGAGAAUUGUUAGAAGAUCCGAUAUCACAUGACGCCGAUGAGAUAGACAGGGACGAUGCUACGAUAAAAGCGAAACAUCUGUUUCAAAGCUGUAUGAAUUAUGAGAUCUUGGAGCAACGUAUGGAACGACCACUUAUCCGCCUUUUGGAUCAACUUGGUGGUUGGCCAAUUCUAAAAUCAAAUUGGGAUCCCGACAAAUUCGACUGGCUUCGCUUGACCGCACAACUUCGAUUAUACAAUAAUGAAGUAUUAAUCUCAGAAUGGGUAGGUCCAGAUAUUAAAAACAGCGACAAGUACGUGAUACAGUUUGAUCAAACAUCGCUCGGACUUCCUACAAAGGAUUAUUUCCUUCAAUCAUCGAACGCGAUUUACCUCAAGGCAUACAAGGAUUACUUAAUGGGAAUCGUAAUCUUACUUGGUGCAUCCUCAGAUAAUGCGACCAUUGAUGUCGAAGAGCUAAUCGAAUUCGAAACGCAACUCGCGUCAAUUACAUCGUCACCGGAUGAAAGACGAAAUUCUUCAGAGCUCUAUCAACGAAUGAGUGUAGGUAAACUGAGAGCACUUGUGCCGCAAAUCGAUUGGUGUCUUUAUUUGUCGAUCGUCUUGGCUCGACCGAUACAUUUUUUCGAGCCAGUUGUCGUUUUUGCAUUGCAAUACAUCCAAGAUUUGGUUGUUUUACUUUCAAAGACACAACCUAGAACAGUGGCAAAUUAUCUUUUAUGGAGAUUUGUAAGACACAGAGUAAACAAUUUGGACGAUCGUUUUCAGCAAGUGAAACAAAAGUUUUACUACAUUCUGUUCGGUAGAGAACAAGCGCCGUCGAGAUGGAAAAAUUGCGUAACCCAAGUUAAUUCUAAUAUGGAUAUGGCCGUUGGUUCGAUGUUUGUUAAAAAAUAUUUUGACAAAAACAGUAAAAACGAUACAUUAUCGAUGACUCGAGAGAUACAGCGAUCCUUUAGAGAGCUGCUAGAUAAAACUAGUUGGAUCGACGACGAAACAAAGUGCUUGGCGACUGAAAAAGUAAACUCUAUGUCGCUGAGAAUCGGCUAUCCGGACUUUAUCCUACAACCACGUCUACUGAACGAGCGUUAUAAAGAUGUUGUAAUUCGACCAGACAAGUACUUCGAGAAUACUUUAAAUAUUUUGCAACAUUUAACCAGAGUCGAACAAGCUCACCUUGGCAAUACUGUCAAUAAAACUUUGUGGAACACGAACACUGCUCCAGCGGUCGUCAACGCUUACUACAGUCGCAAUAAAAAUCAGAUAAUGUUUCCAGCGGGCAUAUUACAGCCACCUUUUUAUCAUAGAUUUUUUCCACGAAGUUUAAAUUACGGUGGGAUUGGUGUCGUAAUUGGACACGAGAUUACUCAUGGAUUUGACGAUAAAGGCAGAUUGUUUGAUAAAGAUGGGAAUCUUUAUAGAUGGUGGAAAGACGAGGCGGUUGAUGGUUUUCAUCGGCGAGCACAAUGUCUGAUUGAUCAAUAUGCAAAUUAUACCGUGACAGAAGUUGGAAUGCAGAUAGAUGGUGUUAAUACGCAAGGUGAAAAUAUUGCCGAUAACGGCGGUAUUAAACAGGCAUUUAGAGCGUAUGAGAGAUGGCUAAGUUCAAACGAAGAGGAAGACGAAACUCUACCCGGAAUGACUAUGACGGGUAAACAAUUAUUCUUUCUGAACUUUGCUCAAGUGUGGUGUGGUUCGAUGCGUCCCGAAGCGACGAGAAAUAAAUUGAAAACAUCUUUACAUUCACCCGGUAGAUUUCGAGUGAUCGGCACGCUUUCCAAUUCGAAAGACUUUGCUCAGGUGUUCAAUUGCCCUCUUGGUUCCCCUAUGAAUCCUGUAAGCAAAUGUUCGGUAUGGUAAAAAAAAUGUGUGUGUGUGUGUGUUCGCGCGCGCGCGCACGUGCGUGUGUGUACCAGAGGUGUGCGAAUUAAGCAUUUGUAAAGUUGAAGUCGAAUUCGAUGUAAAGAUUUCAAAUUGGAAUUUGAAAUCUUUACAUCGAAUCGAAUUGAAUCGAAUAUUUUUUAUUCGAAAACGAAUCGAAUUCGAAUAAAUUUUUCACACACUCUGACGUCAGCUAAGAAAAAAAAAACUUUAAAAAGUUGAAAGAAACUUAUUUUGAAUGUACAAGUAUAUCGAAAAGUUAAUAAUGUGACAUAAAUAUACUAAAAAUAAUACUUUUUGGUAAUAAUACCUGUAUGUUGAAAAUGAUUCAUUUUCUUAUUUAUUUAAAAAGAUUUGAAUUGAAAAUAAAUUCGUACUCUCUGGAUCGUAUUCAAUAGAGUCCAAUAGAUCGCAGCCAAUAGAGUCCAAUGAUAACUGACGACACGCGAUGAUUAAGCGUAUGCGCAUGCAUGAAAAUUGGUAUGCGCUGAAAAUUGUUACAAGAUUAGUCGCAGAAUGUAGAUUUGUUGCACACAGGACGCGUCAAUCGUCAAUGCGUUACGCGUGGUAAGAGACGACGCGUUAGCCAAUUAGACUUUUCUGAAUAAGAGUCUAAUUUGGCUAUCGCGUCGUUUCUUUCCAUGCGUAACACGUCGACGCGUCUGUGUGCGACAGACUAUGUAUAGAAAAGAAUCGUGCUUAAAUGAAGGAAAUAAAAUAGACGAGUGUUCCGAACCGAUGAUUCGAACUUUCGAACUUUUCGGUUUUGAAUCUCUCUCUCAGAUUCGAAAACCAAUCGAAUCCAUUGUGAUUCGAUUCGAAUUCAAAUUAAUUCGCACACCUCUAAUAUAUGUACAUACAUGUAUAAUACAUAGUUUCUAUCGAUACGAUUUAUCCCUAUCACAGUAUUCUUUCAUUUGUUAUGAAUGACACAAUACAUUCUCAAGCGUACUCUUUAAGAUUUCCAGCAUUUUCUAGAAAUAUAUAAAAUAUGGAGAAAUAUAAAUUUUUUAAUUUAUUCAUUGGAUACGCAUUAUAUGUAUCAUUUGGAAAUAUCUAAUAGAGGAAGAGAGAGAGGGAACGGAGAAGAGAGAGCGGUAUUAUAGGACAAAAUGUGAGCUUUUGCAGUUUUUUUUUACGGAAAAACUGGAAGUCGGAUAAAGAAAGUGACAGUAAAUACGAGCAGC